AUGUUAAGCGAGAUUUAUACAAUUUAAGUGUUUAAUUUAAUUUGACAUAAAAGCGUGGAAAGUUGUAUAGUAGCACUGUAGCAUUACUUUUACGAUUACGAUUACAUAUUCGUGAUUUAAAAACCACAUUUCCCAUUACAACUCUUCCGUUAUGACGUCUGUGACAGUCCUAGUUGAUUUUUGACCAUAGAAAAGUAAACACACACUGAUUUGGAUAAAAACUGAGUAAGAUCCUGAUGGAAACUUAUACACUGUAGUGUAAGACCUUCAGAGCUAUUGGGCUCAUGCAGUGAAUCGCUCCUGCACCGACUGCUGGUUCAGGACACGGUGUCCUCCCUUCUGCGCGGUCUCUCUCGUGUCUGAUGCCAGGAUGGCCGCAGACGUCUACAACAAGGGUGCUUUCUGGGAGGUUAAAAAUGGCAACUUGGUGCCACCAGAUCGACUCCGACAGGACCGAUCGGACAGUCCGACGCCAGGGCUGGUGGAGGGGACAGAGCCAGGCGCUGGACAGGAGGGUGCCAUGUUUGUUCACGCUCAGUCGUUUGAGGACCUGACUGCUGACAGCGAGCCCAGCACCAGUGACAAAGCUGCAGAGGUGGGCGACUCGAAUCUAGAGAAUGCUCAAGAAGAGGCUCUGGAAGGAGGUGAGGAGGAGGCGCAGGAGGGAGGUUUAGUGGUUGAACAGGUGGAAGAAGGGAAAGAGGGGGUUCGGAACAGCAACAAGGCAAAAGAGGAGGAUGUGACAAGUGAAACAUGGCGGAGCCACAGGAAGCAUAUGUUUGUCUUGAGUGAGGCGGGGAAGCCCAUCUAUACACGCUAUGGAACAGAGGAAGCUCUCUCCAGCAUCAUGGGAGUCAUGAUGUUACUCAUGUCAUUUGUAGAGGAUAAGAAGAACAUCAUACGCUCCAUCCAUGCAGAUGGCUACAGGGUGGUGUUCCUGCGGAAAAGCCCUCUCAUCCUGGUGGGAGUCUUUCGCACUACCUGCUCCGACCGGGAAUUGACACGAGAGCUUCAGUACAUCUACUACCAGAUCGUUAGCCUGCUCACCCUCACGCAGCUGAACCACGUCUUCCAGCACCGACAGAGCUACGACCUGCGCCACCUGCUGGCCGGCUCAGAGCACUUCACCGACAACCUUCUGCGGCUCCUCGACCGAGAUCCAGGUCUGCUGCUGAGAGCCGUCAUGUGCCUGCCUCUGGCCAGCUCGGCCCGUGACGUGGUCUCCUCCAGCUUGCAGGCUGCUAAAGCCAAGAACCUGGUGUUCUCCAUCCUGCUUGCAGGAAACAGGCUGGUGACGCUGGUGCGCAAAAAAGACCAGUUUCUGCACCACAUGGACCUGCACUUGCUCUUCAACUUGGUCGGCUCUUCGUCCUCCUUCCGACAAGGCGAAGGGUGGACACCCAUAUGUCUGCCCAAAUUUAACCCAGCUGGAUUUUUCCACGCGCAUAUUUCUUACUUGGAACCGGCCUCUGAUCUCUGCCUUAUCCUGGUGUCCACAGAUCGUGAGGAUUUCUUUAACCUCUCCGACUGUAAGAAGCGGUUCCUAGAGCGCUUGCGCAGACGCAGUGCAUAUCAAUCAAUGCAGGAAGCACUGAGCUCGCCAAGUUAUCCAGUCUCACAGGUUGGCAUACCUGAGCUGCGACACUUUGUGUACAAGUCUAAAAGCUCUGGGCUCUAUACAAGUCCUGACUUUCCAGCACCAUAUCAGGCAGAAGAGGAGCAUGAAAGGCUGAUGGGAUUGUACCAGCAUCUGCACAGCUGCCUGCAUCACCCCACACGUCCCCUACGCUACAUUUACCACUGCACAGAGACUGAGAACCUUUAUGCCUUGGUAACAAGUGGUUUCGAGCUCUACCUCUGUUUUAGUCCUCUGGGAACAAAGGGCCUGGCUGUGUCUGCUGUCAACAAGCUCCUAAAGUGGAUCAGGAAGGAGGAGGAUCGUCUGUUCAUACUCAGUCCUUUAACAUACUGAGCCAGUAUAGGCAGUUCUAAACACCAGAAACACUAGUCAACAUCUGAACCCAGACUGCUGAAAGAGCAGCAUCUGUGACCCUACUUGAAUAGAUAAGGAUGCAGCCGGAUGCUGUCAGAUAUUAAAAGGAUACUCCACCCCAAAAUUAAAAUGUUGGCAUUAAUCACUUACCCCCAAGUCGUUCCAAACUUGUUAUAGCUGCAUUCGUCUUCGGAAUACAAUUUAAGAUAUUUUGGUGA